AUGGAUUGGUCCAACGCACAAAUAGAGACAUCGGAUGAACUCAACUCAAUCAAUGCAGAAUUCGCACAACGUCACUUGGAAGUACUAAAGACGCAGUCGUCCCACACUUCCGCAGAUGAAGAAAAACAGUUGACUAACUCCUACCUGAUGCCGGCUUCAACCAAUCAACCGCAGAAGAACCAUACCUCCACGAUAAGCUUUGUCAACGCAUCAAUCUUGAGCAGACUUGAUCUUCCAACUUUCGAUGACAACCUCUUGGAAUACUUGGGAUUUUUCUCGCGGUACUCGACGGUCACUUCCAGUAAAGUCAAGCUGGAUGAUAUAACAAAACUCUCUCUUCUGAAGUCACGUCUACGAGGAAGAGCUCUACAAUCGAGUCAAAGGCUUGCUCUCACUGCAACGAACUACCAUAUUUCGCUCGACAUACUUAAGACUCAAUAUGACGACAAGGUAACAGCACAAGACAUAUUAUUCAGCCAACUCGCAAAUGUGCCUUCGUGUUAUCCAGAAGGAAGAAACAUACAGUCGCUCUACAACAUAAUGUUCGCUCUUACUCGCCAGUCCUGCACACGACGAUGA